AUAGCUUUCCAUUUGUCAUUGAUUCUUCAAUAUUGGCAGCAGUCAUUGAUGAAUUAUUUAAAUAGUCUCAAGAAUUAUGAUUUUGUUGAAGGUUAUUAAAUACAUUCAUGGACAUUCAUGGAUAUUUUACUGAUGUUUGUCGAGCUCCAGUUUGUAUUUUGAAUUGUAGUGUGUUGUCAUGCAAUGUUAAUGGCACUACAUUUCAAGUUUAUAGGCGAAACUUUGUUAAAUAUGGUGUUCAUCAAUUUGAACGUUUCUGGUUUCAAUGUAUAUGCAUUUAUGCAUGCCUGUAUGUCUAUAUGUAUGCCUAUGUAGCCAGGUUUGCCUGGUUUGCGCGCUGACAGGCUGGAUCUGGGUUCGGUUUGGACCAGAUUCAGUGCCUAAAAUGCCUCGCUAUGAUGACCGUUUUGGAAACACCCGGCUCUAUGUCGGUCGACUAUCUUCUCGAACACGCACAAGAGAUCUUGAAGAUCUUUUCGGGAAAUAUGGAAGAGUCCGAGAUGUGGAUCUGAAGCACGACUUCGCAUUCAUUGAAUUUAGUGAUGCUCGAGAUGCGGAUGAGGCAAGGUACUAUCUGAAUGGCAGAGAUUUGAAUGGGAGUCGCAUUGUUGUCGAGUUUGCAAGAGGGGGACCAAGAGGAGGAGGUGGUGGAUCUCGUGAAUAUCUAGGGAGGGGGCCGCCUCCUGGUUCUGGAAGGUGCUUUAACUGUGGGAAUGAUGGUCAUUGGGCUAGAGACUGCAAAGCUGGGGAUUGGAAAAAUAAAUGUUAUCGAUGUGGAGAGCGGGGUCAUAUUGAAAGGAACUGUCCUAACAGUCCAAAAUCAUAUAGCAGGCGUGAGCGCAGCCCUUCUAGGUCACGUUCCAGAUCACUGUCUCGUGGACGUGGAAGGAGCCGCAGCCCCAGUUACAAAAAUCGCAGCUACAGAUCACCCAGUUCACCAAGGAGGGAUGCUCGGAGCACCGUGCAAGAUGAGAGAAGAUCAAGAAGUCGAAGUUACAGCCGCAGUCCAAGGAGGGGUAGAAGGCACAGUCCAGCAAUGGACGAUCGCAGGAGUAUUAGUCCUGUAUCUGACAGUCCAAAUAGGCAGAGUGAUGACAGAAACAAUGUUAUGAGAAAUAGUCGCAGGAGUGAAAGCCCAGCAUCAGAUGAUGGUCAUGGGCCAAGAGACAGUGCUAGUCCCGAGAGGGACAGUCCUGGAAGGUACCAAAGUCCAGCGGCAAAUGGCAAGUCCAGUCAUAGUCCAUCAGCUACUGCUAAUAAUCAAACUCCAAGCCCUGCAAGAGAUUCACCUGCUUUGAGAGAUAGCCCUGGUGCUAGCACCUAAACUUAUGAUCCGUCUCCAGGCUUACAUCAGUGCACUUAUUUUCUGUUGAAGAGUAAAAGCUUAUGCUUAUGGAUUCUGGAAGAUCAAAUUCUAACUGUCUAAGUAUGCUAUUUUUGUUGUAGGAUUAGACAACUGGUGUGCCUAUGGAACAUUUUUUAAGGUGUGGUUCAAUCUUUAAUUGUAAUUGACUUGUUGCAUAAAUUAUUUAUUUUUGGCAGUCAUUUCAACUA